GUUCACCAUUCCAAUGAAAAUUGUAGAGCAGUACAAAAAAACUUCUCUAUUGUCUGCUGGACAGUGUACUCUCACUGGCGGCGACAGGGAGAGAGAGAGAGACCUCCCCAGCUCUCAUACCAAUCCUCAUAUACAGAGAAAAAAGUAAAGUAAACACCAAACACCAGAAAACUAAAACCAAAACCAAAACCCACAAGACAAACACUUCUUAAGCAAUUCAAAGCACACCCCAAAACCCAACCUCUCCUUCAUUUUCUAUCUUCUCUUCUGUUUUGACCAAAACCCACUUCUCAAAUCCUUCCAAAACCUGUCAUGAUUUGAUCCAUUUCUGCCGUUUCCCAAAUGGGUUUUCCCUCAAAACCCUUUUUUUGCUCCCUCUUUCUCUCCACCUUUCUCUUUGUUAGUCUUUCUCAGUCUGCCCCUGAUUACAGCACCUUGAUCUACAAGGGCUGUGCAAAGCAAGCUUUUCAAGAUCCAAAUGGCGUGUAUUCACAAGCCAUCUCUGCUCUUUUUGGUUCUUUAGUCUCCCAGUCUACCAAAACUAAGUUCUUUAAAACCACCACCGGGACUGGCCAAACCACAAUAACUGGUCUCUUCCAAUGUAGAGGAGACCUUAGCAAUACUGACUGCUACAACUGUGUCAGCAAACUCCCCAUUUUAACAGACAAACUUUGUGGCAAAACAAUAGCGGCAAGAAUCCAGCUUUAUGGAUGCUACAUUUUGUAUGAAGUUGCUGGCUUUGCACAAAUUUCGGGCAUGGAAAUGCUGUACAAGACUUGUGGGGCUAAGAAUGUGGCAGGAAGCGGGUAUGAAGAGAGAAGAGAUACUGCCUUAUCAGUCAUGCAAAAUGGUGUGGUUAGUGGCCAUGGCUUCUAUGCUACCAACUAUCAAUCUGUGUAUGUUCUGGGGCAGUGUGAAGGUGAUGUUGGAGAUUCAGAUUGUGGUGAGUGUGUGAAAACUGCUGUCCAGAAAGCUCAGGUUGAGUGUGGGAACGCUAUCUCAGGCCAAAUCUACCUGCAUAAAUGCUUCAUUAGUUACAGUUAUUACGCAAAUGGGGUGCCCAGGAGAUCGUCAUCAUCUUCCUCGUCUUCCAAUUCAAUUUCAUCAGGGACAGGGCAAAAUACAAGGAAGACGGUGGCCAUUAUAGUAGGAGGGGCAGCUGGUGUGGGGUUCCUGGUCAUCUUCUUGCUGUUUGCAAGAGGUUUGAUAAAGAAACGUGAAGAUUUUUAAGAGAAAAGGAGGGUCCCAAAGAGGAGGCAAACACCUUUUUUUGAGGUGGACUCUUUCUACAAUUUCAUUUCUUUCUGUAGAGAAAUGAGUUUUCGCGGUGGACCAAUUUUGAUGAAGAAAAAUAUAGGAUAGAAAUGGCCAAUGGGGGUCUGUUCUUGGGGGUCUGUUCUGUUGUUACAGUUCGGUAAGGGAGUAUAUAUAUGGGGAUGGAAGUAAGUAACUAGGGCUUGAAUGUGUUUCACGAAGGUGAAAACAGACAGCAGAAUGAAUGUUUGUCGAUUUGAAUGGAUGACAGAGGAGGGUUGAAUUAAUGGGCUUUGCCCUUUAUAUUUUGCAUAGCCAUGUGGGUGUUUUGCCACCUUUUCCCCCUUCUCCAGAUUAAUGCAUCCCCAUUUUCUUCUGCUUUA